GGCGGGGAGGGGGCGGAGCUUGCCCCGCGCCCCGGAAGCGGAAGUGGCGCAGGGCGGAGCAGUAAAAGGUGAUCUUAGCAGGCGUUCGGUAUCUGCAGAGCUUGUGAGCGGGCGGCGCCAUGGGGCCUGAGUUCGGCCGCCUGGCUUACGUGCGGCACGUCAUCACGUACACGCUGUCGCCCUUUGAGCAGCGGCCCUUUGCCAACUACUUCCGCGUCGGCCUCCUCAACACCUGGCGCCGCUUCCGCGGCUCGGUCUUCCGCGUGGCGCCGCGGUUCGUGGCGGCCUACGCGGUGUACUCGUGGGGCACGGAGGAGAACGAGCGCCUGAAGAGGAAGAACCCGGCGGACUACGCGAAUGACCAGUGAACGCAGCCCUUGCGCAUGGGGUGGCCCCUGCAAUAAAGUCACGACCUGA